CCAUCCCGAUCGGAGGAUGCAGAGGUUGCGUAGGUAGGUAGGUAGACAUUGCGGGAUCGAUUCGAGGAGUGGGGGGUCUUGUGUUGGUCUUCGGAUGUGGAUAUAUAAACCUCGCUCCCAGGUGCCGUCGAGGAGCACUUUUCUCUUUCACUCAGCAAAGACACCACCCAAGCUCCUCCUCUCAGAAGAAAAGUCUUUCCAAAGAACGAUAAACCUACCAAUCAACAUGUCCUACACCAUCAAAGUGCGCGUCAACCAGUCCAGCGAGCGCUUCCGCCUCGUCGAAAGCGGCGUCUGGUACUAUGCCAACGGCGGCACCUGGACGGUCGAGUCCAACGAGCAGCUCACCCUCACCAUGGGCGGCAGCGGCACGUCCGGCAUGGUGCGGUACAUGACCGAGGCCGGCAAGGAGGCCUUCUUCGUGGCCAUGGGCGUGCACAACUACAAGCCGUGGGUGGACAUUGUGACCGGGCUGGGCGACGACAUCACCUGUGUCAAGGCGCUGCCGGAGUACUAUGACGGGAGCAGCCAGCGGUCGAAGAGCAGGGAGGAGCAGAAGACGAGCGAGAGCAUCCUGAAUGCGCAGAGCAGGACUAUUGCGGCGGAGUUUACGAGUGCGAGCGGGCAGAACUUGGAGCUUGCUAUCAACAUUGGUUGAGGGGGGAUGACAUGGUGCGAGGAUGGGUGGGAAGAUGGAUGUGUGAGGAUGGGAAGAGGGUAUAAAGGACUGGAAGAGUCAACGUUCAUUACCAUGAUAAGCGUGUAUCUAUCUAUCUACAUUCGCUACCAAUCCAAUCGAAUCUAGGAGCA